AUGGCAGAACUCAACCCCAUACCAACCCAUUUCGCCCUACUCAUCGGCGUCAACUCCGACAGCAAACAACCGUUGAAAGGAUGCGUGCGGGAUGUCCGUGAGAUCGCCCGGUCCCUGGAUAGAUAUCUCGACAGUGUACAUAUUCAGCUCUUCACUGCAGAGGAUGAGAGUGCUCAUACAACGUCGUCGGGAGACAUUGGUAUUCCUGAGAUUUUGGCGACGUACUCCAACGUAAAGGCGGGGUUGGAGAAGAUGUCGUCAUUAGCUAAAUGUGGCACCCAUGUAUACAUCCACUACUCGGGCCACGGUGUCCGCCGGGAGGCAGCCAGCAAAGACUACUCGUCCAGGAUGACUGGAGACUUGGCGUUGAAUGUUCUAGAAGACUCAGGGGGCAAUUGCACUCAGCCUUUUCUAGGGUUGGACUUAGCUCAUAUCAUGAAUACGAUGGUGAGCAACGACGUGACAGUAACGCUCGUAUUGGAUUGUUGCUUCUCGGGCAGUGUGCUGAGAAAGCAGCGGGCUUCAGAUCAGCUCUCGCUACGGUAUCGCGAGCACGACCCCGAGGCCUUUGAUCUUCCCUCCUCAUCUUCGACUGGCGACGGGAUGGAAAUCGAGGACUUCAAGAGGCCUUAUGACGAAGAUUACCGCGAUGCAUCUAUGCUUGACAACUGGCUUAUCAACCCGGAUGGCUAUACUGUUCUUACUGCUUGCGGACCUCAUGAAAUUGCCGAGGAGCUCAACUUUCCUGGACAGUCGUACAAGCACGGGGCAUUAUCUUACUUCAUCCUACGAGCAAUAGAGAAACUGGGCGGCCUUGGAGGAAAGCAUGCGCAUAUCUAUCCCUACUUGAGUUCAAUGUUUCGUCAACUCCACCCAAAACAGAAUCCCAUGUGGUACGGAAAUGCAGAUCUAUGCUUCUUUGGUACUGAAGCUCUCAACCCGACACUUACUGGUACUCCUUUUGCUGCCAUCUGGAAAAAAGAUCAAUUGCAGCUCCAAGGAGGUCAAGCGCAUGGCGUAUGUGAAGGUGACCAGUUCGCUAUAUAUACCAUUGCAGCAGGGCGGCCAUUGGUAACUGGAACGGCCACCCAUGUCAGACCCUUGACAUCCGACGUAGAGGUAUCUCAUCCCGAGAGGAUCCGUGGCGAGAAGGGCUUGAUAGCAAAGGCCCUCACUCGCCUGUCACUGCGAAAGUAUCCAAUUCAGCUGAAUCUGAACCCUUCCUGCCUCGAGGAUUGGCAGCUUAUCGUAGCGAGGCGCGAGAAUCUCGUCUUUGAAGACAAGGCGCAUCCUUUCGCGUUUCACAUAUCUUUGGACGAAGGCACAAAAACCUAUCGAAUCCGGGACAAUUCCGGCCGCGAAAAAGGAUACUCGACAGAACACACAAGAGAGGAAACGAUGAUGACGGACCCCAGCCGCGUCCUUGAUAUUGCGGAGCGGCUAGCUAAGUAUAAAAUGGUCAAGGAUCUGGCUAAUGAUGUGGCCGACAUUCCUCUGGAGGGGCAAUAUCGUGUUGUUGUUCGUGAUUCGGCAGGCACGACAUUUCAGGCGGGGAGUAUUGUUGAUGCCCAAGAGCGAGACAUCUUACACUUGGUUGUGACUAAUCGCGGAACAGCCGCUCUUUAUGUCCACGUCCUUAACCUAACUCCCCUUGGCCAGGUGCAGAGCAUACUAAAAGCGAGCUAUGCCGUAGUUCCUCCUGAGGAUCGCGAAGAGGGGUUGACAGGCGAAUGGACUCACAAAGUCCGGACCAAGGUUCCGCCAGCGCUCGUAGGAAAAGGCGUCUCGGUGUACGAAGAUAUCGUCAAAAUUCUCAUCACCAAUCAGCCAACGUCUUUUGCGUCGCUGGAGAUGCAAGAGCUCUACGACUCGCAUGAUCGCGGCGCGGUUGAGCCAGGUGACAGGGGGCAGGGACCGCGUUUAGAAACGGAGGAUUGGAUUUCUUUAAAUUUUAACAUCCGCACUCAUAGCAAUGGUCACAUAUAA